ACCGUUGCCAAACACGCACUAUAUCUGUGUAUGCUGAGUUAUCCUCAGUCCAGCUCUCCCGCUAGUGUCCCAAAAUGCUGCUAGCACCCCUCCAUAUCCACCACCCAACUCAAUUUCAUCAUCAUCCUCGCCGGCGUUCAAUCCCCACCGUCCAUCCAUCCCGUUCAUUUGUAGUGUUUAGAACUUUUCAGAAUUUCCGAGUGUUCAAAUGUACAACCACUGAUGAUGCUGCUACUAGUAGUAGUAGUAGUGAGGUGAAAAGGGCCUAUCCGUUUGAUGAAAUAGAAGCCAAGUGGCAGCUUUUCUGGGAGGAGAAUCGUACUUUCAGAACCCCUGAUGGGGAUGACUUGGAUACUUCUAAGCCCAAGUUCUAUGUUCUUGAUAUGUUUCCUUAUCCCAGUGGGUCUGGACUACAUGUUGGUCAUCCUCUUGGAUACACUGCUACAGAUAUUCUUGCUAGAUAUAAAAGAAUGCAGGGUUUCAAUGUCUUACACCCUAUGGGAUGGGAUGCAUUUGGGUUGCCUGCAGAACAAUAUGCAAUCGAGACAGGAACCCACCCAAAACUUACCACAUUAAAGAACAUUGACCGCUUUCGAUUACAGCUUAAAUCAUUAGGCUUCUCAUAUGACUGGGAUCGUGAAAUAUCCACUACUGAACCAGCGUAUUAUAAAUGGACUCAGUGGAUUUUCCUCCAGCUUCUAAAGAAAGGACUGGCAUAUCAGGCUGAGGUACCAGUCAAUUGGUGCCCUGCACUUGGCACUGUCUUGGCUAAUGAAGAAGUAGUGGAUGGUUUGAGUGAGCGUGGGGGUCAUCCAGUAAUAAGGAAGCCAAUGAGACAAUGGAUGCUCAGAAUUACAGCAUAUGCUGAACGUCUUCUUGAAGAUUUAGAUGAUCUUGAAUGGCCUGAAAGUAUAAAGGAGAUGCAAAGAAAUUGGAUAGGGAAAUCAGAAGGCGCAGAGGUGGAGUUCCAUGUUCUUGAUCCUAAUGGUCUAGAAAGUGGCAAUAAAGUUACUGUCUAUACCACUCGGCCUGAUACGAUUUUUGGAGUAACAUAUCUUGUUCUGGCACCUGAACACGACCUGUUGUCAUCGAUUGUUCCAGAGUCCCAUAGCAAAAAUGUAAAAGAAUACAGAGACCUUGCCUCUCGAAAAAGUGACCUGGAGAGAACCGAGCUUCAGAAAGAAAAAGAAGGAGUAUUUACUGGUUGUUAUGCAGUAAAUCCAUCUAACAAGGAAGCUAUCCCGAUAUGGGUUGCUGACUAUGUUUUGGCUAGCUAUGGUACAGGAGCAAUAAUGGCAGUUCCUGCACAUGAUACUCGUGAUCAUGAGUUUGCCUUAAAGUAUGAUAUUCCAUUAUGUUGGGUAGUAAAGCCAAAUGAAGAAACUAGCACAGAUUCUGGAAAACCAUAUUCAGGUCAUGGUACUUGUGUGAAUUCAUCAAGCUCAGAUUCAGGGCUAGACAUAAAUGGCUUGAAUAGCAGAAAUGCUGCUAGCAAAGUCAUUGAUUGGAUAGAGAAAACUGGAAAUGGGAACCGAAAGGUAAAUUACAAGUUGAGAGAUUGGCUUUUUGCCCGACAACGUUAUUGGGGAGAGCCUAUCCCAGUUGUUUUACUGGAUGACACUGGGGAGACUGUUCCCAUCCCAGAAACUGAGCUUCCCCUUACCCUUCCUGAAUUGGAUGAUUUCACUCCUACUGGGACUGGGGAGCCCCCACUAGCCAAAGCGCUUGCAUGGGUUAAAACCAAAGAUCCCUUGUCCGGGAAGCCUGCAAAACGUGAAACUAAUACCAUGCCACAGUGGGCUGGCUCUUGCUGGUACUAUUUGAGAUUUAUGGACCCUAAUAAUACUAAAGCAUUGGUUGACAAGACAAAGGAAAUGUAUUGGAGUCCAGUUGAUGUGUAUGUUGGUGGCGCUGAACAUGCCGUUCUUCACUUACUCUAUUCUCGGUUCUGGCACAAGGUUCUUUAUGACAUUGGUGCUGUAUCAACUAAAGAACCUUUUAAAUGUGUAAUAAAUCAGGGGAUAAUCCUGGGGGAAGUUCAAUAUAUGGCAUGCAGAGACUCAGAUGGGAAUUUAGUUUCUGCAGACUCUGUUGACGUGUUGAAAGACUAUAGCCAAGAGAAAGUACCUGAGGAUAAUGUCACCAAGUCAGGGGUUCAUUUUGUACUAAAAGACAAUAGAAAUAUUCGCUUGAUUGCCCGGGCACACAAAAUGAGUAAAAGUAGAGGAAAUGUUGUAAACCCUGACGAUGUUGUUGCUGAAUAUGGUGCUGAUUCUCUCAGGUUAUAUGAAAUGUUCAUGGGACCAUUGAGAGACUCCAAGACAUGGAAUACUAGUGGCAUUGAUGGAGUUUAUCGAUUUUUAGGGAGAUCCUGGAGGUUAAUAGUUGGUUCAGCGUUACCUAAUGGUAUGUUUGAAGAUGGGACAAUAGUAACUGAUGAUCAACCUUCUCUGGAACAACUGCGACCGCUCCAUAAAUGUAUUAAUAAGGUGACUGAAGAAAUUGAAGGAACGCGAUUCAACACGGGAAUAUCUGCGAUGAUGGAGUUCCUUAAUGUUGCGAAUAAGUGGGAUAAACUUCCACGAUCAAUUGCGGAAGAUUUCGUUUUAUUACUUGCACCAUAUGCACCACACAUAUCCGAGGAGCUCUGGUGUCGUCUCGGGCACCCAGAUUCAUUGGGCUAUGAGCCUUUCCCUAAGGCGAAUCCUGCAUACCUGAAGGAAGCUACAAUUACGCUCCCAGUACAGAUCAAUGGGAAGACAAGAGGUACUAUAGAGGUUGAAGAAGCAUGUACAGAGGAGGAUGCUUUAAAACUUGCUGCACUUAAUCCAAAACUAUCAAAGUAUUUAGAUGGAAAGAUAAUCAAAAAGAUCAUAUACGUCCCUAGUAGAAUUCUGAAUGUUAUUUUAAACCGAGAAAAUGUCAAAGUGGGAGUUCGGUAGUUUCCUUUCAUUGAUUAUGAGCUGUGCACAUGUUAUAUAAUACCAAGCGAGGUAAGAUCAGAGAUCAAUUGUAUUAUACCGGAGAAGAUCCAUCACACAAUUUUGUGAUGUCUUGGUGCAAAAGCUAACCGUGGCUGGGAAAUAGGAAUGGAAGGCUUGUUUAUAGAUUCGGUGGACCUGCAGAGUGUUCAUGUCUACACUUCAUUUUUAACAUUAAUGCAGUGAUACUGGUACUUUGUGGCAAUUUAUAUCAGUUUAUGAAUCAAUUUCCAGAAUCACAUACUAAACAAGUAGUUAACAUUUUUAUUUUAUUACUAAUAUUGUUAUAUAUGUCCAGUAAAGUCUUAGGAAGCAUUUCAGGAUUUCUGACUCAUUCACCAGCACACCUCAAUUGAUCUCAGAAUAAAAUUCAUUUCAUUAUAAUGUAAUCUUGUAAUAUAUUAAACUACUAUGUAAUAUGAUCCUAUUGGUUUGCUAGUGUUUUUUCUUUUCA